AGGCGAUGACCAGGUGUUUGCCCCACGGAAAUCGAGUGUUCAGCUCUGCUCUUUGGAAGCGACCGGCGUCCCGGACUUCGAUACGGAUGUUUUUGCAACAACUGAAGACCUGGAAGGACCAGAACUGGAGACUCACGUGGUGCAGCCGAUACCUCCGACACCUCCCGCGGCCGCGGUGAAAGUGCAUCGUUUUGCAGCCGGGCGGGCCAUGGCUUUGCUCCAGGCUGCCAAAUGCCCCAGGCCGGAGACGCCGAGCGACAUCAGCCCGUCGCACCGCCGUGCCUCGGACGCUCCCCGCCUAGCAGCCCCAGAGAAGCUCGCCGUGCCGUGCCGUACCGCCGAGAGCGACCUCCCUCGGCACUUUUCCGUUCCGCCGAAGACGCCUGCAGCCAACGGCGCAACCUCCAGCGCGCGGCCUGGUUCCGCAGCCGAUUCUCCUUCCACCGGAUCGACCGGAUCCACUAUUUCAACUCGAGCCACCUCCCCAAGUGCCGUUAGCCAUGAGCUGUUAGGUGAGCAGCUUCAAAAGUCCCGACCGAAUCAGAAAGCACUUGGAAACCUUCCCGUGCCAGAGGGGACUGGAGUGACUCCAUGCCUAAGACAAGUUCAAGUGACUCAAGUCCCAAAAUCUCAAGGCAAGUCGAGAUUCGGACGCCAUUUGAAGACUGAUGAGGUUUCUCGCCCCACCUCUCCCAGGCCAAGGUCUCCGAAGGCCAAGGUCGAUGAGAAACUGGGAGAGAUGAGGCCAGGGGAGGUCUUUCACGAGAAGAUGGACGAGGAAGAGGAUGAGGCGCCAUAUUCAGCGUGGAUGCCAACCCGAUUCGCAAAUGUGAGAAGAGAGGGUCGAUCAUCCACACCCCCUCGAAGAGAAAAAGAUCAAUCAUGGAGACCUGACCAUAUUCCGGUGACUUGUGUCAUCAAGCGAAGCCGCCACAGGAAAGGCCCAAAGGAGAAGUUGCUUCUCCUCCCCUUUUCAGCAAACCAGGAGGACCCCCGCUUUCGACAUCUUUGGGAGACACUCGACGCAGAGCAGGACUUGAUGUCCGAGCAGCUGAACCACUUGCAGCGUUUUGUCAGUGUCCGGUACUGAAAAGCAGUGCUGAUGUCCGGCAGGGGCCUUUGUUUCAUAUCCAUCACGUAAAGCUUUGCCCCACCAAGCUGACAGAGUCAUGUUGCAUUUCCUGCACUGUACAGCCCUUUUUAACGUGCUGGUGUCUUAAUCUCUUGAGAAACAGUCCCUCAAAGCUCAAGACAAAAACCGCGAGUGAAGAUGACUCUCAUUGCAGGAGGCCCGUUUGCACAGC